AUGUCAGUCAUCUUCUCGCCUUCCUGGCUACGAGGCAUGGUGAAGAUCAAUCAGGACAUCAUCCAGCGGCUCCUGGAGGAGAAUGACCAGCUGAUCCGCUGUAUCGUGGAGUAUCAGAACAAGGGCCGAGUGAACGAGUGCAUGCAGUAUCAGCACGUGCUGCAUAGAAAUCUCAUUUAUUUAGCAAACAUCACAGAUAGCAACACAGCCAUUUCUUCAAAAGCACCAGAAUAAUCGUCCUGGUGGCCAGCAUGAGGAAUGACUGAAUGUGGAUCCAUCCCCCAUGAGACAGAAUUGUUACCAGCUCAGCUAUUUGAA